CGAUAAUUAAAAAAGGAAAAGAAACCGUACUUUUACAUUCGUGAAAUCCGGGGGGGAAAAUGUAGGGAAUUUGUGAGCCUACGGUGGAGAAAUGUCAACAUUGCUGCGCAUUUCGUGCGUGCACGAAAUCAGAUAUCAGAUAUCACGGUGCGUUCAUCCGAGUCGCACGGUCUCUAGGUUGCUAAUCACCGCGCCUCUAAUGCCAUUCGUCACAGUUUCCACCGUUGGAUAGGUCAAAUCCUCUCCUGUCCAGGAUGCAGUAGCUACGGCACGUAUAUCGCAGCUAAUUCGACAAUACGGUAAACUGAUAAGCGGUCGAGCUUGAAAGGUUAGACACGAAACGGAGCUCUUCCGAGACGAAACGUAGAGACGGGAAUAUAAUCGGCGCCCUGAAUUGUGAAUAGUGAGAUGGAUGGUAAAGUGGACGAGGAGAAUCAACGUAGCAUCAAUGACGGUGACUGGGUCUGUCCUGACUCUCAAUGUGCCAAUGUAAAUUUUGCCAGACGAAAUUCCUGCAAUCGUUGUGGAAAAGACAGAAGUGAAUGCCCAAAGAAGAAAAAAUUGGGUCAAGAAAUUGGAAAAGCAGCUGCAGAAAAGAGCAGAGGCCUUUUUAGCGCGGAUGAUUGGCAAUGUAGCAAAUGCGGUAAUGUGAACUGGGCUCGCCGACAGCAAUGUAAUAUGUGUAAUGCUCCAAAAUUUGGUGAGAUAGAGGAACGCACAGGAUAUGGAGGUGGAUAUAACGAUCGAGGAGUUGUUGAAUACAAAGAAAGGCGGGAUGAGGAUGAUGAGUACGACGAGUUUGGACGACGUAAGAAAAAGCGGAGACUUGAAAAGAAUUCUGAUGAUGAUUCCAAGGAUUCCAAAUACAGCAGCCCAUUGCGUAGUAAAUCUAAAGAUAAGGAGGAAAGGGACGAAGUAGAUGAAGAGGAACAAGAAGAAAACAUAAACGAGGAUGAAGAGGAAGAUGACGAGGAGGAAGAAGAAGAUGGUGAUUUAUCUAAAUAUGAUCUUAGCGAAUGGGAUGAUUUUGUGCCAGCAAAAAACAGUACGAAUGGAAGUACAAUGUCGUCAGCAGCGCAACGGUCAAGGUAAUUAAUAGCGAAACGGAGAUGAUCGGCGUGAUUCAGGCACAUCCAAUCAAUGAAAGGCGGUACAGAAGGACAGGUUUGACUUGGGUUUCGGGUAUAAAAUUGAUUAUGAUGAUCAGUUGCGGACAGCAUACAGUGUGAUGAAUUUUGUUAAAUAAUGUAUAGUCCCAGAUCCUUAAGACUUAAAGUAUAAGUUUGCUUUUAUUGCGAUUAUAUCUUGAUAUAUCGCGUAAAGACAUCGAGUAGAGAUUAUCUUCGACGUAACAAACUUUUAAAAAGCGCAAGCACGCUUCUCAUUCGAUGUAUGACCUCUUUGUUUUACAGGUUAACAGGAGACUCGGAAAGAGACGCAACCAGUUCUCGGCAACUAAGAAAUAUACACAACGCAACAAGAUUUAGUAAUUUAGUAUGCACCUUUGGAUAUAUAAAGUGGCCGAUAAUAUGUGACUUAUUACAAAGGAGUCGACUCUAACAAUAAGCUUUACAUUUAUAAUUGAGCUCAUAGCUUCUCGUUGAUCGUAGGGAAGCAAAAUGUUAGGUCUUCUAUUUGCGCGGGUAUAUCGUUGUUCGAUUAGCAGAAUUUACGACGGACAUACUUGGGCGCAAGUAGUAUGUUUUGCUAGAGUGAAAUACAAGAUUGAUAAUUCCAACAUGAAUCUAUAGAAGAAAUUAUACACACAGAGCUCGUUUUACAAGUUAAAUAUGUGACGUUGUAGAAAAAGAUCUUACUCCUAUGUAAUAUAGAUGGUGUUAACGCUCUGCGCAAGCCCCGUCGCCGCAGUGUUCUAAGAUUUCCAUUACUUUUAUCACAAACGUAAAAUAUGUCGAUGUGUCACUCUGCUUUGUAUUGCUCAAGCUGCUGGGAGGAAAAACUAAUCAAUUUUUUUUUCUUUUGUCCCCUUGUGUCUCUCUCUCUCUUUUUACGUCAUAUUUCAUCUAUACAUAAAUUUAUGCAGAUUAAAUAAAUACACUCAUAAAAUAUAGUAUUAAAAAAAUCAUUCCCCAAAACAAAAAAGCAGAUAUAUUAUUUUUAUUUUUUUUCUUUUUGAAAGAGAGACGGAAAAGAAAAAGUACGUUUUCUUGCUUUGAUUAUCACAGAUCCGAGUAAAUUGAUAGAAAAAAAUAGCUUGUGCUUAUCCUUGAGAACAAAAAUUAUAAGAGGUUUUUCUAUUCUUUAAAUCAAUCCGCAUUUUAUGGAUUUGUCGCAAACUCCGAUGGCUGUUCUAGAAUCGUAAAAUCGACUAUCGAUCAAAUCGUACUGACUUCUUGUAAAUAUCUUUAUUUUUCAUUUAUAAUAAAAAUCAUUCAUCAACAACAUAAUUGUUCUUAGUCAAUUACUUCUUAUGUCGUAAGCUACAGAUAAAGGGAAGAGGGAAAACAGGUAAAGG